AUGUCCAACGUGAGCAGCCUGGCCCCAGACACGUUCAUCCUGACCGGGAUCCCCGGCAUGGAGCAGCUGCACGUCUGGAUCUCCGUCCCGUUCUGCUGCCUGUACCUGGCAGCCGUGCUGGCCAACGGGGCGCUGCUGCUGACGGUGUGGGCCGAGCCCAGCCUGCACCAGCCCAUGUACCUGCUGCUGUGCCUGCUGGCCCUGGCUGACCUCACGCUGUCCACCACGGCCGUGCCCAGGGCGCUGGCUCUGUUCUGGUUCCGAGCCGGGGAGAUUUCCUUCGGCGCCUGCCUGACCCAGAUGUUCUUCCUGCACUUCGCCUGCCUGGUGGAGUCGGUGAUCCUGCUGGCCAUGGCCUUCGACCGCUUCGUGGCCAUCUGCUUCCCGCUGCGCUACGGGGCCGUGCUGAGCGUGCGGGCGGUGGCCCGCGCGGGGCUGGCAGCCGUGCUCAGGGGGCUCGGUGCCAUCCUGCCGUGCGUGCUGCUGCUGCGGCGUCUGCGCUUCUGCGGGCCCCGCGCCAUCGCGCACACCUACUGCGAGCACAUGGCCAUCGCCCGCCUGGCCUGCGCCGACGUGCGCGCCGACGCGUGGUACGGGCUGCUGCUGCCCUUCGCCCUGGGCGCGCUGGACCUGCUCCUCAUCGCCGUCUCCUACGCCUUCAUCCUGCUGGCCGUGUGCCGGCUGCCGUCGCGGCCUGCCCGCAGCAAGGCGCUGCACACCUGCGGCUCUCACCUGUGCGUGCUGCUCCUGUUCUACGUCCCCGCCGCCUUCGCCGCGCUGGCGCAGCGCUUCGGCCGCGGCAUCGCCCCCGACGUGCACAUCGUGCUGGCCAACCUGUACGUGCUGCUGCCCCCGCUGCUCAACCCCAUCGUGUACGGGGUGAGGACGCGGCAGAUCAGGGACAGGGCGCUCAAGGUGUUCACCGGGCCCGGGAGCCGCGUGCUGAGACCACCCGCGCGGGGAUGA